UAGGAAUAGGAAUAAGAAUAAAAAUGGGAAUAGCAAAUUUGGAAUAGUGAGAUGGGUGUGAGUGAAUGGUAACAUGAAGUCACGUGUGCAAGGUUUGUUUGUUGUGAAGCGAAGUAGGUGGAACUGAACUAAACUGAAGUGGAAGAAGGUUACAGAAAAAAUUGAAAACACAAACAGGUUUGCACUUUCUCUAGUUCUCCGUCAAAGCAAUUCAAGCGCCAUCUCUGCAACUUUGAUCACGUCACAUGGCAGCGACAUCAGGGAAGAUUGUCCAAAAUGUUUUUGUGUCACACAGCUUCCAACAGAAUACACAGUUGUUCGCUUCACAGUCACAGGGUCGAAGGGACUAUUAUUUUGCCCCUUAUCCCCGCAACUCAAACCUUCCCUCUCCGCUAGGGAAGUUGGCAUGGACUGCCUCUUCCAUGCAAUUGCGCACUUUAUACAAACCCCAGAAUCAUUUUAGUGUCCAGAGAAAUUUUCACUGCAAUGCUUCUUCGUCUGCAUCUGCUACUGCUUUGCCAUAUCUAGACAAGACAGAUUUUCUAAAGCUUCAGAAUGGCAGUGACAUACGUGGUGUGGCUAUUGAUGGUGUCGAGGGAGAGAAAGUUAACCUUACUGAACCUGUUGCUGAGGCAAUAGGAGCUGCUUUUGCUGCAUGGUUGAUGGAGAAAAAAAAAGCUGAUUCUUCUCAGCAUUUGAGAGUUUCUAUUGGCCAUGAUACCCGAAUAUCAGCCAAAUUAUUACAGAAUGCAAUUUCUCGAGGUCUUGCCGGUGCUGGCGUAGAAUUUGUCCACUACGGAUUAGCAUCAACACCGGCCAUGUUCAAUUGCACACUCACAAAGGAUGAAGCAUUUUUGUGUCCUGCUGAUGGAUCUAUUAUGAUAACAGCAAGUCAUCUGCCUUUCAACAGGAAUGGAUUCAAAUUUUUCACUAAUGCUGGUGGGCUUGGGAAGGCUGACAUCAAAGAUAUCUUAGAGAGGGCUGCAGACAUAUACAAUCAAUUUACCCCAGAAAGUUUGAAGAAUUCAGAGAAAAAAGCUUUAUUAACUUUUAAGAAAGUUGAUUACAUGAUUGCUUAUACAUCUGAUCUGGUAAAAGCGGUUCGCAAGGCUGCUGGAAACAUAGAGAAACCAUUGGAGGGUUUCCAUAUAGUUGUUGAUGCUGGCAAUGGAGCAGGAGGUUUUUUUGCAGAAAAGGUUUUGAAACCUCUGGGGGCAAUAACUUCUGGUAGUCAAUUUUUGGAGCCUGAUGGCUUGUUUCCAAAUCACAUCCCAAAUCCUGAGGAUAAGACAGCAAUGAAAGCUAUAACCCAAGCUGUCCUCGACAACAAAGCUGAUCUUGGAAUUAUCUUUGAUACUGAUGUGGACAGAUCUGCUGCUGUGGAUUUCACUGGUCGUGAAUUUAAUCGCAAUCGUUUGAUUGCCUUAAUGGCAGCUAUUGUUCUUGAGGAACAUCCUGGAACAACUAUUGUCACAGACAGUGUGACUUCCGAUGGGCUUACUACCUUUAUCGAGAAGAAACUUGGUGGCAAACACCAUCGGUUCAAGAGAGGCUACAAAAAUGUGAUUGAUGAAGCUAUUCGUUUGAAUUCUAUAGGAGAGGAGUCACAUUUGGCAAUUGAAACCAGUGGACACGGGGCUCUCAAGGAGAAUCACUGGCUUGAUGAUGGUGCUUACCUAAUGGUUAAGAUCUUAAAUAAACUUGCUGCUGCAAGAGCUUCUGGAAACGGUGGUGGAAGCAAGGUUUUGACUGAUUUAAUAGAAGGGCUUGAGGAACCAGCUUUUGCUACAGAACUGAGAUUAAAGAUAAACCAAUUCCAUCCAGAUCUUAAAGAGGGAUCUUUUCGGGAAUACGGAGAAGCUGUACUGAAACAAUUGGAGAAUUCAAUUGGCUCUGAUCCAAGUCUGCACAAGGCUCCCGUGAACUACGAAGGGGUCCGAGUUUCUGGCUAUGGUGGAUGGUUCCUUCUUCGAUUAUCACUCCACGAUCCUGUACUUCCCCUUAACAUUGAGGCACCAAGUAAUGACGAUGCUGUGAAGCUCGGACUUGCUGUGCUUGAAGCUGUAAAGGGAUUUGGAGGUUUAGACACAUCAGCCUUGAAGAAGUUUGUUGGAGCAUCAUAAUUCAAUGCUUCCUACAAGAAUCGAGUUCGGCGAUGGAAAUGCUUUCGCUUCUAUUUUUUCGUUAUACAACGAGGUUCUCUAUACUUGCAUCAGCGGCAACAGAGGGUGAAUUAAAUUAUUGUCAUGAGAAUGGUGUGUUGUCUUGUGAAUUACAAAUAUCAGAGAUCUCUAUAAAAAAGAAAUUUUAAUGACAUCAAGAUCCACGGUGUAAUUUUUUUGUGCUUUGCAUUUAAUAUUAGUGACGUUUUUCUGAUAUA